AUGGGAAACUUCAAGGACGGAUCGAUGGCCUGCGUUAAGGCAGCCAUGAUCUCUUACACGCAAGAGCUCAAGGGACACAAGGAAGAAUGCGCCAGGCUGCUGACAGAGCACGAACAAAACACACCAGACAUGAUCUGGAAGAAAAGUGACGAAGAAGGCAGAGCGCCCUUUUCUGCGGGAGACUCGGCGAAGUACAAGCUCGUCACAACGGUCACGUACGAGAACGGCAAACCUGUCUUCCCACCCAAAUUCACCCGUCUGAGCGACGAACUCGUCUACCUGGCCACUAAGUUCCUAAAGAUGACUGACCGUGCCAAUGGCUAUCCCUACGACUUCAACGACCGAGGCGAUAUCCGCGAGGAUCGUGUUCCGUCGGGACUCUCACCCAUUAUCUGGGCGCAUGGGCUCCCCUUCUUCCCUGUGUUCAAGGGCUACUACAUUCUCUGCGGGCGCAAGCAUGCGCGCUGGGUUGGCUGGCUUCUUCAUAAGAAGCAGCACAAGACCAUGCAGGCCUGCCCGAUGUGGACGAUCGGGCCCGUUGUGGCGCCCGGAGGAGCAGUUAACCUUGCGCGCACCGUGAACCGCCAGAUGCGUAUGCAUAUACCCAAGAGCGCUAAGGAUGUGGAUCGACGCUGGGAGAAGGCCGCGGGUGCGCGCGACAUCGUUUCGACGGCACACUAUCAACUUUCUGUGGUGCCGAGGACUCCGUCGACGGGCUUCGUUCUCAUGCCAAUCUAUCAGGUUGAAGGGUACCAUGUGCGAUGCGGCCCGAAUGCAAUUGACGGUGGGAAGGGAGUUGAAAUCGGACGGCGCACUCUAUCUGAUCACGGAGUGACCCAGUUCGACUAUGACGCGUCGUUGAAGAAGCCGUAUUCGAAUGAAGAGAACCCCGCGUUGUACCCAGAUGGCGACAGUGAAUGCACGGACUCGGAGGCCACGGAGUUGAUGAGUGACAUGGAGGAGGAUGAAGAUGGAUCGUUCGUCAACAAUUCAGAGGAAAGUGCUGAGACGGGUGAGAUUGUCGAGGAGCCUCCGAAGAAGAAGCUCAAGAAGAAUCUCGCUGCUUCUGUUGAGGACGGUAAUCAGCGUAUCCCGCGUCGGCAGACUACUCAGUAUUUCCGGAGUCCGCAGAUCAGCAACUGGAACGCAAAUACUCCCAUGACCUUUGAUGCUACUACGGCCAAGAAGCGUCUGAUGGAAAUCACGACUGCUGUCGGUGUGAAGUGCACCGCGGAUGACGAGAUCACCUCGGGCUCUAUGGUUACCAGAGACACCAAGACUGACUCGGAGGUCAAAACCACGGCUGCAAUUAUAAGCAGCGAUACUGUCGGUAAUAUCGCUGACAGUAAGGUAGCUCAUGGCGAGACCACUCAUUUUGAGGCGACGUCUAGGACGGAUACUCUUUUGAAGCGUGACAUGGAGAUCAAGUCCGCGGUGGAGGAUAUCAACAUGGUCAACAUGAGGGAAAUUCCUACCCUGGGAACCCCGUCCCCCGAGAACAAGGCCUUUGCUGGGUCUCCAAGAUGCUGA